AAAUACCAACACAAAAGAGAAGCCAGGAAGCAAAAUAAGCUUGCACUAAUAUUCCAAUCUCAUAAGCAGCUUUCUCACCUCAAAAAGCACAAAACUUUGGUCUGUUUUUGACAAUCAAGGAAAGAUGGUAUCCUUAAGGCUACAGAAGAGGUUAGCAGGUAGCAUUCUCAAGUGUGGGAGAAGGAAGGUGUGGGUGGAUCCUAAUGAGACCAGUCAUAUCUCCAUGGCCAACUCUAGAUUGAAUGUGAGAAAGCUCAUCAAAGACGGUUUCAUUCUCAAGAAACCUUCGAAGCUCCACUCAAGAUCACGGGCUAGGGAAGCCAUGGAGGCAAGGAGAAAGGGUAGACACUCAGGAUAUGGUAAGCGGAAGGGGACGAAGGAAGCGAGGCUGCCCUCAAAGCUGUUGUGGAUGCGGAGGAUGAGGGUGCUGCGCCGCGUGCUGAACGGAUACCGAGAGGCCGGCAAGAUCGACAGGCAUAUGUACCAUGAUAUGUACAUGAAGGUGAAGGGGAAUGUGUUCAGGAAUAAGCGUGUAUUGGUGGAGUAUAUUCACAAGUUGAAGACUGAGAAGAAAGGGUCAGGAGCAGUUCAAUCAGAUCAAUUCAUGGCCAUUAAGGGGAAAGAAACUAGCUUUUUAUCAUUGAUUGCAGCUUCUUGAAAUUUCUGUUUUAAAUAUUUGUUGCAUGUAUGUUUUGUGGUUGCUGUUUGAUUUGGUUGUUUUCACAUGUGUAUAUCUAUAUAUAUAAUUAUGGAAUUUUUUGUUUGUUACUAUUAUAG